ACCAGUGCGCCAACAGACAAUCACCAGUCAGUUAGUCAGUCGCUGCAACCUGGUAAGGAACAACUCUCCCCAGUCGGCCCUGAACAUUCAGCCAGAGAAGCGGCCAGCAUGGAGAACUUGUACGAGACCGUAGCGGAGGGCAACGUGUAUGAGCGGCCCGACAGUCCCGCCGAGGCCAAAUAUGAGAACCAAGGAGUUAUCUAUGAAACACCCAGUGAGGUGGAAGAGGCGUUCCACAGAGAGGAGCAGGUGUACUCCUCCCUGAGAGGGAAGCGAUCCUCGCCGGACUACAUGGACACCAGAGACCCGCCGGAACAGACAGCAGCACCGGCAGCAGAGAAAGAUUGUUCUUCUUCAUCCUUCUCGUACGGCAACAAAGAGGAGGAUGAGUGCACGGUGGAGGAGAUGAAAUUAGCAGCAAAGGUUGAGUCUGUGCUCGAGGUUAACGGUGAUGGAGCUGGCUCGAGACGAUCAUCGUCCUCCUCCUCUUCCUCCUCCAUGCGCGAGGGCAACCUGCAGGACAGGCUGGUGGAUGCCUACAGCCACAGUGAGAAGAGUCUGAGCGACAAGGAGGAGGAAGAACCGGUGGACUACAGUCUGAAGACCAUCGAGACUCUAGAAGCCGUUACUCUGGACGAGGACAGUGCCACUGCUGAUGACCCCAAUGCGCCCGAAAUCUCCCUGUUUGUCAAGGCGGGUAGUGAUGGAGAGAGUAUCGGGAACUGUCCGUUCUCCCAGCGUCUCUUCAUGAUCCUGUGGCUGAAGGGAGUGGUCUUCAAUGUCACCACAGUCGACCUCAAGAGGAAGCCAGCUGACCUCCAUAACCUAGCCCCAGGGACCCAUCCUCCCUUCCUGACAUUUAAUGGAGAGGUGAAGACAGACAUCAACAAGAUCGAAGAGUUCCUGGAGGAUGUACUGGCUCCACCCAAGUACCCUAAGUUGGCAGCCAAGCAGAGAGAAUCCAACACAGCUGGAAACAAUAUCUUUGCCAAGUUCUCAGCGUACAUCAAGAAUACCAAACCUGAAGCUAAUGGAGUCCUGGAGAAGGGUCUGUUGAAGGCGCUGAAGAAGUUGGAUGACUUCCUGGUUGGUCCCCUCCCAGAGGAGAUCGAUGCAGACAGCAUGGAGGAGGAGAGGGGGUCCACCAGACGCUUCCUGGACGGAGAUGAUCUAACCCUGGCUGACUGCAACCUACUGCCCAAACUACAUAUAGUCAAGGUGGUUGCUAAGAAGUAUCGUAACUAUGAGAUUCCGUCUGAGCUGGUUGGGGUGUGGCGCUAUCUGAAGAACGCCUACACACGAGACGAGUUUACCAACACCUGCGCCGCCGACAACGAGAUAGAGAUGGCUUACCUGGAUGUGGCCAAGAGACUGGAGAAGUGACCUCUAACCCCUAACCACUAACCCCUAUCCUCUAACUUACAACCCUGAUUUUUAACCCCUGACCUCUAACCUCUGACCUUUAAACUACAAGCCUGAUUUUUAACCCCUUGACACCUAACCCCUGACCUCUAACCCCUGACCUCUAACCCCUGACCUCUAGCCUACAAGCCUGAUUUUUAACGCCUGGCUUCUGACGCCUGACCUCUAACCCCUGACCUCUAACCCCUGACCUCUAACCCCUGACCUCUAGCAUACAAGCCUGAUUUUUAACCCCUGGCUUCUAACGCCUGACCUCUAACCCCUGACCUCUAACCCCUGACCUCUAACCCCUGACCUCUAGCCUACAAGCCUGAUUUUUAACCCCUGGCUUCUAACCCCUGACCUCUAACCCCUGACCUCUAACCCCUGACCUCUAACCUACAAGCCUGAUUUUUUCCCCUGGCUUCUAACCCCUGACCUCUAACCCCUGACCUCUAACCCCUGACCUCUAACCCCUGACCUCUAACCUACAAGCCUGAUUUUUAACCCCUUGACUCCUAACCCCUGACCUCUAACCCCUGACCUCUAACCUACAAGCCUGAUUUUGAACACCUUGACUCCUAAUCCCAACACAUAUCAGCAGUUACCAUGAAGCCAGUCCACAGGGCUGUGACCAGCUGGUCGUAUUUAUUCAUAGUCUGACUCCAUCGUCAACAUCUGGCUACUGAUUAUACUAAUAUAUUGAUUGAUUAAUGUAUUGAUCUGCAAUUGAUAAUACACUGUGUUGAAAGGUCCGUUACAAUCACGAGCUUCACUUGUUUGAUUUUCAUAUAGUUUUGCUGUAGGCUUUCUGUUUGAGACAGAUCUUAUGUGGAGAAGUUGAUUUGAGAAUUUGGUAAUAAGCUUGAAUGUAUUUUAAAAACUUUUGAACAAACAAGGAGAAACGAAUUUGUGUGUUAAGAGGACACUACUAUGGAUGUUUUCCAAAUGGUGCCCUAUUGCCCUAUAGUGCACUAAUUAUGACCAGGGUUACUAUAGAGAACAGGGGCCCUAUUGCCAUAUAGUGCACUAAUUAUGACCAGGGUUACUAUAGAGAACAGGGGCCCUAUUGCCAUAUAGUGCACUAAUUAUGACCAGGGUUACUAUAGAGAACAGGGGCCCUAUUGCCCUAUAGUGCACUAAUUAUGACCAGGGUUACUAUAGAGAACAGGGGCCCUAUAGUGCACUAAUUAUGACCAGGGUUACUAUAGAGAACAGGGGCCCUAUUGCCCUAUAGUGCACUAAUUAUGACCAGGGUUACUAUAGAGAACAGGGGCCCUAUUGCCCUAUAGUGCACUAAAUAUGACCAGGGUUACUAUAGAGAACAGGGGCCCUAUUGCCCUAUAGUGCACUAAUUAUGACCAGGGUUACUAUAGAGAACAGGGGCCCUAUUGCCCUAUAGUGCACUAAUUAUGACCAGGGUUACUAUAGAGAACAGGGACCCUAUUGUCCUAUAGUGCACUAAUUAUGACCAGGGUUACUAUAGAGAACAGGGGCCCUAUUGCCCUAUAGUGCACUAAUUAUGACCAGGGUUACUAUAGAGAACAGGGGCCCUAUAGUGCACUAAUUAUGACCAGGGUUACUAUAGAGAACAGGGGCCCUAUUGCCCUAUAGUGCACUAAUUAUGACCAGGGUUACUAUAGAGAACAUAGGGAAUAUAUAGGGAAUAGGAAUAGGGUGACCACAUGGAAGAGGGUGACUAUAGGGAAUAGGGUGACCAUAGGGAAUAGGGUGACUAUAGGGAAUAGGGUGACUAUAGGGAUAGGGUGACUAUAGGUAAUAGGGUGACUAUAGGGAAUAGGAAUAGGGUGACCACAGGGAACAGGGUGACCACAGGGAACAGGGUGACUAUAGGGAAUAGGGUGACUAUAGGGAAUAGGGUGACUAUAGGGAAUAGGGUGACUAUAGGGAAUAGGAAUAGGGUGACCACAUGGAAGAGGGUGACUAUAGGGAAUAGGGUGACUAUAGGGAACAGGGUGACUAUAGGGAAUAGGGUGACUAUAGGGAAUAGGGUGACUAUAGGGAAUAGGGUGACUAUAGGGAAUAGGGUGACUAUAGGGAACAGGGUGACUAUAGGGAAUAGGGUGACUAUAGGGAAUAGGGUGACUAUAGGGAAUAGGGUGACCACAGGGAAUAGGGUGACUAUAGGGAAUAGGGUGACUAUAGGGAACAGGGUGAUUAUAGGGAAUAGGGUGACUAUAGGGAAUAGGGUGACUAUAGGGAAUAUGGUGACUAUAGGGAAUAGGGUGACUAUAGGGAAUAGGGUGACUAUAGGGAAUAGGAAUAGGGUGACCACAGGGAACAGGGUGACUAUAGGGAAUAGGGUGACUAUAGGGAAUAGGGUGACUAUCGGGAAUAGGAAUAGGGUGACCACAUGGAAGAGGGUGACUAUAGGGAAUAGGGUGACUAUAGGGAACAGGGUGACUAUAGGGAAUAGGGUGACUAUAGGGAAUAGGGUGACUAUAGGGAACAGGGUGACUAUAGGGAAUAGGGUGACUAUAGGGAAUAGGGUGACUAUAGGGAAUAUGGUGACUAUAGGGAAUAGGGUGACUAUAGGGAAUAGGGUGACUAUAGGGAAUAGGGUGACUAUAGGGAAUAGGGUGACCAUAGGGAAUAGGAAUAGGGUGACCAUAGGGAAUAGGGUGACUAUAGAGAAUACGGUGACUAUAGGUAAUAGGGUGACUAUAGGGAAUAGGGUGACUAUAGGGAAUAGGGUGACUAUAGGGAAGCACUUUCCACUGUGUGUGGCCUCUGAUAGAAGCCUGGAACAAAGCUCUCAUCUGGUUGGUUCUCCCGAAUAAACCUGUUGCUACGUUGUUGCUAUGGUGUCACUUUUGAUUGUUCAUCAGAACCAGUAAACGGAUCUCAUCCUAAACCAUGUGCCUAUUUGGAAACGUCCAAAUUCCAAGCCAAGUAAAACUGUAUUGCUUAACAUGAUAAUAACAGGCUUUAUUAAAUUAAAGCCUAAACUUUAUAACUACAGGUGUUAACAUUUAACCUCUAGCUAUCAGUUGUUAGAACAUGUUCAUCAGUUUAGUUUAAUAUGAAGUUAAAAGAGUUUUAUUUUAGAUUCAGAGAAUAUUUAUUUAGAGUCCGUUCAGGCCUGGGCGACGCCAAUCUACCAGAUCCACCCGAGAGGGGUUGGAGUCUGCCAGGCGUCUGUAAUGUAGUCAGCCUGUGAACGCAGACACAAUUUUCCACACAGCGAGUUCAGAUUCUAAAACUUUAUUGUCCAAUUCAGGGCAAAACAGUCAUCAGUCUCUGUCUCAUUGGUCUUUGGCUGACUUCCUGUCUCUAACCUGUGUACUUCCUGUUCUGACCCAUAGUGUUCUGGUGUGGUUUGGAUGGUCAUGUGAUCUGAAAUAAGAGCCAUGUUUAGAGUGGACCGCUAGGAAUAAAAUCAUAUUUUCACAGAUA